AUGGCGCUGCUGAGCCCGCGGUUGCAGCAGUCGCCGCUGUACGGCAGCUGCCGCUGCGACUGCAACUCGUACGUCUCCGGCCGCGUCGCCAGGGCGAGGAGACAGAGCAAAAGAUGGUGCUCGGCGAUUGCGGUUGACUCCUCCCCGGCCUUGUCGAGCGUGUCCGGAAUCAGAUGGGGUUCAAGCAAAUUGCAAGGUCUGCGGACUGAGAUGGAGGACGAUGUGGUCAUCCGAUCGGAAGGGUUCGGCGGGUUCACCUUCGCCGCUGUCUUUGAUGGGCAUGCCGGUUUUUCUUCAGUGGAGUUUAUCAGGUGAGCUCAUCGUUUUUGUCUCCCUGUUCUUCGUAUUUCCAGACUCAGCCGAGUCAAACGUCCGUGGUUCCGAUGGACCUCUAUGCAAGAGAAGCAGUGCUAGCAAAUCGUUGAAACGAUAUCUUAAUUAUUCACUGGUCUCGUACAAUUGCGUAAGAGCUACUUGUCCUUACACACUGAGCGGAAUUCUAGCAAGGAAAUUCGUUUGCCCACUCUUUUAACGAUUGUGCAUAACCACGGGAAAUUAUUUAUAACUCUUUUGCCUUUCUGAAGUCCAAAAAGACCAAUCAAGGAAAGUUUUGGCUCGUAUUUCCGAACAUUCCUUUGUAAUUUAAGUAUGCGAGUUCCUUUUGUUUCUUUGCUCACCAAGUACUUUCUGUGCCAGAUACCGAAUUCUAUAUCAGCUCUAUUCGACGAGUAUAGGCGUCUCCUAAGAACAUAUCGAAAUGUAUUAGGUUGCUGAGCAACUCAGUUAGUCAGUUAAGGCCUAAUUUAAUAAAAUUUUGUCCAAUCUUUUGGAAGGGUUGAAAAGAUUAGUGGUAAAUAUCCUUGAAGAAUGCCACACAAAGAAGCUUACUUUGAAUUGCAACCUGGCGCGUGGCCACAGAUGGAGAUGAGAUGGUUGCCAUAUCAUUGGUAAUUUCCUUGUGAGGGAAGAGAAUGUGUGUACAAGAGUAGAAGCAGAAACCCACAAGGUGAAGGGUGGUGCGAUGGUCAUUUUUCAAUGACUGCCUUUCAGAGGCUAGAAUUGGCGUCAAUUUUGUUUCCUUACCCUUUUUCUUAAAAUUCUUUGAUAUGGGUUACAAGUUCUAAACUGGGCUCAGGUCCUGGCAUAAGCUGUGCCAAUGAGAAUGGGGACGAUUCUUUAUCGAUAAGACAUAAAUAGUGCUCUCGUAGGUGUGAUAACCAUAAAGUGAGACCAGCACAUUUGAUGGGGGAAACUGGGAGGUGUAGACUUCAGGGUUAUCUGUUUUAGGGUGCAUCUUGAAGCUGAAUUUUAUGUUUUUUGAUACAUGGCGUGCCAUAUAGACAAAGUCUCAGUAUGGUCUUUUUAAGCCCUCUUUUCACAGGAUCAAGCUUGAUAAUGUGUGUUCAUAGGUCUGCCUGCACUGAUAUUUGGCUGAUCUUAAUUUUUAUUAAAUCAAUGGUUAGUAUGAAGCAUUUGCUGCUUCACUUGUUUGUGCGAUUUCAUUCUGUUGUUGUUCUCAGGGAUGAUUUGUACAAGGAGUGUGUCACAGCUUUGAAAGGUGGAUUGGUUCUAGCUGACAGAAACUUGAAUGCCAUUAGAGAUACACUAUGUGAAGCCUUUCAGUCUGUCGAUGCAAAACUUUUAAGCAGGUGAGUCUGAAAUUUCUUUUGGGUGCGUUUCCUACGAUGGGAAUUUAUCAUCAUGAGGCAUUUGAUUGAAGCUUUAACUAAGCUUAUAUGUCCCAUGAUCUUCUAGAGGACUCAUUUUUUAGCUUUGCCUUUGAAGGCUUAGUGAAACAGGAACUGAAGAUGAUUCAGGAUCGACCGCUACGGUUAUCUUUGUCAGAAGUGAUGUAAUGUUCAUUUCACACAUUGGUGACUCUUGCGUGGUAUCACUCUAUUCUUGUCAACCAUGAGUCAUUCACAGUUAUGGUGUGCAAAUGUAUAAAACCCCUAAUAUAUAAAUUUCUGUGGACUAAUUAUUCUUCAUGGUGUGCAAAAAUAAAUUAUGGUGUAGGCAAUUUCGCGCUCUGGAAAAGCAGAAGUACUAACUAAUCCUCAUCGACCUUAUGGAAGCAAUAGGAUGUCUCUUGAAGAGAUCAAGCGAAUCAGAGCAGCAGGUGGAUGGGUAUGUUUUUUGUUCUGUUUCUUCUUCCAUUUAAUGCACGCUUUUUUACUGGUGUUCGGGAUAUUUUUCUUGUUUUCUCUUACAAUGCUUCAGAACUGCCACAUUUUGAAGUUGCUGUUUUGCGGCUUGGCAAUUUUUAGAAGACUACUGGUCCGUAAUGAAAAUAUUUGAACUACAGAAAUUAUUUCUUCUGUGCAUACUUUUUGUGUGUUGUAGUUGACUUCCGGGAUGAAGUAAAGUCUUUGUGAUGUUAAAGAAAAUGAGAUAAAAAUAAGUUGAGUAGGAUCUUAGAAACUCAGAUAGCUUAUGUGUACAAAAUAUGUCAUCAAUAGUGGAUAUCUACUGGGGCAUCAUGCUCUCGUCCUUCUCUAUUGUGAGGUUCAAAGUUCCAUCUAAAUUACCAAUCUAAUAUUUUUCUCGCGAACACCAUGCUUAUUCAAUGUGUUUUUCUUUUCCCUUGGGCAUUCAUUCUGCGACCAUAAUAGAUGAAUCUGCAUUUUGAAGAUACGUCAUCCAUGAAAUUUUCUUACACUUAUGUGUUUAAUUUGUUUUUAUGAAGAAAUAUCGGACGUCUGAUGUCAAAUUUAUAUUUCUGCAGAUUGUUGAUGGUCGAAUUUGUGGGGACAUAUCUGUAUCUCGGGCUUUUGGGGACAUAAGAUUCAAGACGAAGAAGAAUGAGUUAGUCCAUUGUACUCUUCUAUUUUCUCCUUCAAUAACUCAUAAACGUAAUUAAUUUUAAUUGAGGGGAAUUUUAAUAGUCUUCAGUUGCUUUCCUUUUUAUUUAGGAUGCUAGAAAAGGGAGUCCUGGAAGGUCGAUGGAACCAGAAGUUUAUCUCUCGGUAUAGUCUGAUUGACAAUUCAUCUACCCAGAGAUAAUUUUUUUCAUCGGUCUUCAUCUGUGCAUAUGCCACCAGAAUCCUGUUCUUACUUAAAAUAAUGGGAACAUCGUCACAUUAAUAUCUGCUUCUGAAGAUAUCUGCCUAUACAUUUUCUUAUCGAUAUAUAUCAUUCUACCUUAUGUACUUCAAAAAGCGGAUCCCUGCUGUCUCCAGUAGCAACUUUUACAAGCAUGGUUUAUCCUCACAACUGAAAUACCAUUGUGCACUAUAUUUAUUUUUUUAUGGCAUGAAAAAUCAUACUUUAUCUGCUAUUUAUAGAUAUUUAUUAUGCUGUAUUCACUUGAUAGGUGGUUUUCUUUCUAAAAUUGUACGUCACAUGGAGUGUGAUGACUCUCGGAUUAGGUACAGCUCUAAGCAAAGAUAUCAGCUCGUCCAUAGAGCAGUAGCAAGAUCUCAGGCCUUUUCGUGGUGUGAAAUUCUCACAUUUGUGAAUCAAGUCAGUCCAAUUCAGAUAUUUUAUGAUACCUGGAUUCUGUGGGUAACAUACUACUCAAAUCCGUGCGGGUGAAAACGCAGUGGACAGAGUAUAUUUACGUCACUCUAGACAUGAAUAUAGAAAAAAGGAAAUAUCUGCAUGUGGAAUGCUUAUCGAUGGGUAAUCCCCUACUUUUGAUGCAGAGGUGUUGUUUCAGAUGAAAUGAUAGAAGCUUUUGGGGCAUUGAGGAAUUGCACUAGAAUUAGUUGCCUCUAAAGCUCUGGGCAGUAAACUAGCACAUAAAUCAUAUCUAGCCAUAAAAUUCUUUCUUAUUCUAGCGGCAAUCUUCAAAGUUCCGAGUUAUUUUCAAUCACUCCACACAUUUUGUUUCCAUUGUUGUCUACGUGAGUUGUUCUUGGUGAUCACUCUGCUAUAGCCAUUGAAUUUUGCGUUCCUUUGUGUUGCCUUCUGGCUGACAAUUCUCUUCUGUUCUGCUAGAGUACAAUUCAAGGGAGACUUGGUGACUGCUGUGCCAGACAUAUACGAGAUGGACCUUGGACCCGAUGUCGAAUUUAUAUUGCUAGCAUCAGAUGGUCUGUGGGAUUACAUGAAGAGGUCUGCCGAGAUGUGUUUCUUCAUUGCCUUCAUUAAGAAAUAUAAACGAAGAAAGAUAGACACACACACGCAUUUAGAGAUGAUUGGCAUCUGAUAUCUCCUAUAUCUUGGUGGAUUCUACAGCUAUGAAGCAGUAACCUUCGUUCGAAAUCAACUGCGUCAACAUGGUGAUGUGCAGGUAUCGUCCUCAAUUUUUUUUCCUCAUGUGGGUCCAUAUCAUAAACCCAUGACGAACAAGCUAAAGAGUCCUCUCUUUUCUAUUCCAGAUGGCUUGUGAAGAGCUUGCCCGCGUUGCAUUGGUACUUCAUAUGAUGAUCUCUCAGUGUUAGUACCAUCCUACGAGAUAUUGGAACGGUGGCUAACAUCCAGAUUCCCACUCUUUUCAGGACCAGAAGUCAGAAGACAACAUAAGCAUCGUGAUAGCCGACUUGGGGUACCCAUAUCUUUACAUAAUCAUCCUUGUAACUAAGAGUAAGAUGCAAUCAAUCAUCUUCAGGCCAUGAUUUGUGUCGAUCUUGGCAGGAGGACAGACUGGAAGAAGCUGCCGGUGCAAGGACCGAAUUACCUCUUCGAAGUCAGCCAGGCUUUCGCGACGGUGGCUUUCGUCUCCCUCGGGAUCUGGAUAUCAUCUCUCCUUUCACUGUGA